AUGGGGAAGAGAAAGAUUGUAUCCUGCGCAGCCUGUAGACUGCAACGCAAAAAAUGUUCAGAAGAAUGUAUUCUGGCUCCCCAUUUUCCUCCAGAUGAUCCUGACAAGUUUACAAUAGUGCACCGAGUGUAUGGAACUAGCAAUAUCGUUAAACUGCUUCAAGGUCUGGAGGCGAAGCAAAGAGAAGAUGCAGUAAAGAGUUUGGUGUGUGAAGCAAGUGCGAGAAUGAAGGAACCCAUCCGAGGAAGUUGCAGUGUGGUCGAUGAACUGCAGAAGCAAAUAGCCGAGCUGGAAUCUCUGUUGGAGGCCAAAAGAGAAGAGCUCAUGAAUAUGCGUUCAGAGUAUGAUAAGCUUCUAUUCCUCCUCCGCACUGGAUCUACUCCUGAUGUUCAGCAUGUGUAUGGCACUGUUGCAACAGAAGAUACCAUUUAUGACCAGCUGGAUCCUCUGCUGUUGUGGGAGCCAAUAAGAAACGUAGAGAUUUAUGAGGAUUAGUUGACUAAGAUAUUUUCUUAAUGUCAUAUGCAUAAUUUGAAUAAUCAUGUCUACUUCUGUUUACCUCUUAAUAACUACUUUGUGCGGCACUUUAUGAUUGCCACCUUUAUUAUAAUUAUCAACUUUC